GACGAUGAAAGAAACCCCGAAUAUAUUACAAUCCCUUAUGACGCAAAGUUCAUUGCAUACAUUCCUUAUGGUCGCAGAGGAACGAAAACUAUUUCAACAAAGAACAAAAAUUAUUUCUGGAGCGAUGAAGAAAAUUGCCUUAUCUACAUAAAUGCAUACUUAAAUAAAGCUACAUAUUGUACAAAAGAAGGUUGGACUGGAUUUGAGCUCUACAUAUACGACGACGAUGGAAACAGACGUUGUGUAUACCCAUACGAUAAUAUGUACCAUUGUUUUCAUCAAGCAUUAAACGAAUACAUAGUCAGUAAGGGUCUCAUUCCUGUUGAGUAG